GUUAUGGAAAAAACACUUGAACGUUUUUAUGCCAGGAAAAGAAGGCAAACUAUGCCCAACGUUACCACAGUGUAUUUUUACGACAAGCGCAGAAAAUCUUCAAAAUGCCGAUGCUAUAGUCUUCGAAAACAGUCAGCUACCAGUAACGUACAUCAAGUCAGAAAUGCCACUGACACGUUCGCCACAUCAACAAUGGAUCUGGUUUAUUUCUGAAUGCCCGAACUACCUGACAAUUGACCUGAACUCAUAUAGUGGUGUUUUCAACUGGACCAUUACGUACAGGACUGACUCUGAUGUGUCAGGAGCCUGGGGAUCUCUACACAUGGUUUACAGCAGACUUAAAGGAGCUGAUCUUGAUCCUAACACAGACUAUUCAGUAGGAAAAACUAAGCUUGUUGUCUGGUUUAUCAGUAAAUGUUCAUCAAGAGCCCAGCGUAUUGUGUAUGCAAAGGAAUUAAUCAAGUAUAUUCAUGUUGACAUCUUUGGCAAAUGUGGAAGAAUUGUUUGUGAAAAGCAGGACUUCGCGUGCACAGUACAAUACAUUCGGCAAUACAAGUUCUAUCUCGCGUUUGAAAAUAUGAAAUGUAAAGAAUAUAUUACUGAAAAAUUCUGGAGACAUGCUCUAUCCAAUAACGUUGUUCCAGUUGUGUUCGGAGCACCUAAGAAAGAUUAUGAAUACUUGACUCCUCCGAACUCCUUUAUUCAUGUGGAUGAUUUUGAGUCACCAAAAGCCUUAGCCGGCUACCUGAAGCUACUCGAUACGGACACAGAGAUGUACAAUCAGUACUUCAAAUGGAAGACUAAUCCCCCCCAAAACAUUCCUUUGGAUAACGGAGUGUGGUGUAAUCUAUGUAGGAAGCUCAUCCGGAUAUGUCCUGAUACAAGAAAGAUGUAUACUAACCUUGAGAAAUGGUACAGAGGUGAGAACAAUGAUCAAUGCGUCCCGUUACGUAAUGGGACGUAUCAUGAGGUGCAGUUUGCAUCCGAUGGGUCCCAAAGCAAUUACUGA